AUGAUCAAAUACUUUAAUAGAUGUAGUUCCACCACAAAACCUCACACCGGUCAUGCGCAGCUUGUCCAGCAGGGGGCAGCAGAUCCUCGGUGUGCUCACGGUGGCUCUCUCCUCUCUCCCCGCUGCUGCUGCUGCUCUCAGUCAGACCCGGACAUUCGCAGCCUCAGUCCGGGAGCUGACGUGGAGCUCCAGCCUCGUCCCUCUCGCACCAUGGCCCAGGUGAAGCAGGAGCAGACGCCGUGGGAGGACAGAACCGAUAAAACACGAAAACGAAAGCUCAGACGCGACACGAUGGGCGAGCGCGAGUGCGGCGGUGCGCGUGUGUGCGCGAUCACCAGUAUUCAACCGGAGAACACACAUCAUGCCUCAGACAUGCGUGAGCACCAUUUUUCUCCAGAGCGAGAGGAGUUUGAUGAGAAGGCGAGCGAGAGCGGAGUCGCGUGUUAG